AUGAUGUCGAUAGCUCAAGCGCUCUUUACCUUCGCGGUGUGCUUCCCUUACGCCCGGGCAGCAGAACUGCCCUCCAAAUCGACGACCGUUGGCGCCCUUCUCGUCGGCUGGGGUCUUUCUAUGCUUAUCUUCGGCAUACUCUGCCUUCAAACUUGGCUAUACUUCAGCCGAUACGUUACCGAUUCUCCCUGGAUCAAGGUUCUUGUCUCAUUGCUAUGGGUGCUCGAAGUCGGACAUCAACUAGCGAUCGGGCAUGCUUGCUGGCGCUAUCUGGUUGUAGACUAUGGCUCGCUUAUUGCUAUCCUGACAGAGAAGACGGUGGCGAGCCUAGGCGCUGUUGUGAUUUUGGGGGUCAUAGUCGGUACCAUGGUCAAGAUCUUCCUCGGCUGGCGUAUCUACAAAGUGAGCGGUAGAUAUGAGUGGAUAGUGAUCGUCAGCUUGCUCGCCUUAGCUCAGAUGGCACUCGGGAUUGCGUUCGCCGUGCAGUCGGUGACUCUGACCGUCGACAGACUUGUCAUUCUCACGACACUACCGACCAUAGCUCUCUCGCUAGGGGCGGCAACAGAUGUCAUCAUUGCGCUCGUUCUCAGUUUCUAUCUGCACACGAUGCGCACUGGCUACCAGAGAUCGGAGAGACUGAUUGACAAGCUUAUCAUCUUCAGUGUCAAUACCGGGGCUCUCACAUCUGCCUUCAGUCUAUCUGUUGCCAUUUUGUUUCGCUUGAUGCCUGAUAACUUCGUCUUCAUCUCCAUCUACUUUCUGGUCUGCAAACUCUAUUCCAACUCGUGUCUAGCUACACUCAACUCGCGAAGGGUCAGCGGUCGUGGCCGGGACCACGAGAGCCGUUCGUACAGCUCCAGUCACGCCCUGAGCUUCCGCGCGCCGCAUCGCGCUUCCAACGUACCUGUCAAUGUAGCCGCAAUCAAGCAGGCACAGUCCGUUAUCUGUAUUGGUGUGCAUCAUGAGACUGAGAUUGCUCAAGAUCAUGAGAGCAUACCUUCAGGGCGGAUGUCUAAUCAGGAGGUCGAGAGGCCGGAUAAGUAUGAUCAAAGCGCUUCCUGGUAG